UCUGGGACUAAAAUAGCUUGUCCAGAAACUGGAUGGUGAGAAGAAAGCCUAUCCUGUAAACACCCUGGGCCUGCUGCGAUUUAUAUGCAACCUACACGAGCAUUAACUGUAAUGAGCAGAUUUGAAGAUUGAUUGAGAUGAUUUUCAAGAUCCAUGGCAUUCCAGAUCCAAGUACAAGUUCCGGUUCCAGUUCCAGUGGGACCUAGAAAAACAGACCCCCUAAUAAAAUGCAUCAUAGACAAUAAACCAGACAGAUUUAGAAAAUUAAUACGAGGAAGAGAUAUUAAUGGACUGUACGCUUCUGAGGUCUGGAAUGAUGAUGUUACUCUAUUAACUGCAGCAGUUUUCUGCAGAAAUGAAGAAAUCUGCUCUUAUCUGCUUGAAGAGUCAGCUGAUCCUAACAAACCCUCAACAAAUGGACGAACUCCUCUACAUUAUGCUGCUUUAACACCUGGAGUUUCAUUGACUAUAGUGAAAAGAUUACUUGCAGCAAAAGCUAACCCAGAUGGAUAUCCGUUACAAUGGUUUACUCCAUUACAAUGUGCUGUUGAUCAUGGGCGUGAAGACAUUGUGAAAGCACUUAUAGAGGCUGGAGCUUCACCUUUAAGGAACUAUGGAGUGAAUCCAGAGCUUGAUAAAAAGGUGGAGAGAGUGAUUCAUCAAUUAUCUUCACAGGGUGAAGUAUUUGAGAAAGUAAAUAUAGCUCUCUCUCUUUUUUGUGCUGCACAAACCAAAAAUCAGGCAGAAGUUGACAGAAUCUAUAAGGAACAUUUCUUUCAAGAGGAUCCUUUUGUUAAUUUGAUUUAUUUUGAGCUCUACUACAGUGUCAUUGGUCUAGGUGCAGAGCAGUAUCAUCAGAGCGCCAUCAAGUGGUUAAAAGAUACAAAGAGUGCAGACAGAUACAUUGAGGGAGUCAUCAAACGCUUCCCAAGAAUCCCUCAGAAACACUGGGCGAUUGCACUGAAUUGCUUAAAUGCUGCUUUGCGUGUCAGUGAAAGUGUUUCUCCUCAGGUAUUCAGUGAUCUUGUGCCAAUUCUAACAAACAGUCUUCAGCACUCUGGAAACACACAAGGAGAAAGAGUCAAUCAUCUGAUACUAAAGAUACUCAAUGUCAUGAUGCAGAAGACGCCUGAGCAGAAAUUGAACUAUUCUGUCUAUGAGAAGUUAUGCAAAAGUUUAUUGCCUCUCACACGUCCUGAUUAUUCAAGUCUGAUUGGAAUGUGGACAUAUAAUUUUUUCACCUACAUAAAUUCCAUCGCUCCAGAACUUGUUGCAUCGUGUGGAUUGUCUUCAGUCCCAGAGACGAUACUUAAUGCCGCAGAGAUAGAAGAUGAAGCCAUGAACAAAAAGUUACAAAAACUGAACAUAUCACUCAAACAUCCUCCAGGAACAGGACAUGGUUUAUGUGAGGAGACUUCAGCUCAGGAAAAGAGCAGGAAAAAGAAGAAGAAGAAGAAGAAGAAGAAGAAGAAGAAGAAAAGAAGGAAAUCCAGCAAGAUGUGGGAUCACAAGAAAGUGAGCAGCAAGAUAAAGAGGAGCCGCAUCCAGACACUGUAGUGACAUCCAUUGAGGAAUCAAAUUCAAGUGUGCAGCCGUUCACACAACCUGCUGAGAGCCCAAAUAUCUCAAGAAGGUGGCUUCGGACCAGCUGUCGUUGGAGGCCCAAGCUUGAGAAGAUAGCUAACAUUGAUGCUAGCGGAACAUAUAGGCUGGGAAACCUUACUCUUGUACUCACUGAUGAAUUUCUGAUCGCUAAAGGAAGUGAUGGAACACAAGUUUUCCUUGGUUUGAAGGAUGAUGGCACUGAGGUGGCUGUGAAACGAAUGAUUAAGUCUAAUUACAGAGUCCUCAGAAAUGAGGAGGAAUUUCUACGGCUUCCACAGCUUGAAAGUUCUUCCAUCGUGAGAUAUGUGGACUUUGCAGAGGAUACACAUUUUGGAUACCUUGUUCUUCAGCUUUGUGAGUACACACUGGAGGAAUAUAUCCAAGAUCAUUUACCAGACGACAGCGCUGAGAGAUCUUUGGUUCUCAAGAAGCUGGUGAAGGAAGUUCUCUGCAGUUUACAGGUUUUACACGACCACAAGACCAAAGUACUCCAUCGAGACAUCAAACCGCAGAAUGUCCUGAUUGACAUAAAUGGAAAAGCCAGAUUGGCUGAUUUUGGCAUAAGCCGUCGAUUGAACCUCGGUCAAACCACUUUACGAACAAGCAUCGCUGGAACUAGAUUCUGGAAGGCAAAGGAGACCAUAGAUGAGGAGGACAGCAUUGGAUACAAGAGGAGCUCCGACAUUCAGGUCGCUGGGAUGUUAGUCUACUACAUUCUCUCUGGAGGACAACAUCCAUUUGGUAAAGGUCCACGUUGUGAAGUUAACAUUUUAGAAGGAAGAUACUCUCUGCAGCAUCUGGAUGAUGAUGUAGCGAAGGAUCUUGUUGAGGGGAUGAUUAAUGAAGAUCCAAACAACAGACCGACUGUGGAGCAAACCCUUGCACACCCCUUCUUCUGGACUGAUGAACGGAGAGUGGAGUAUUUGAAAAAGAUGGGGAACCAGAAAGAGGUUGAGAUCUGUCGUAAUGUUGAUGAGGAGCUCCUUCAAACUCUUGAAAAAUACACAGAGGGGAAAAGCUUUUCUGAAUGGAAAACUAAGUUGCCAUCUGAGCUCGUCCAGAAGUUAGAUGGUAAGAAGAAAGCCUAUCCUGAGAACACACUGGGCCUGCUGCGAUUUAUACGCAACCUACACGAGCAUUAUCCAGAGGACGCAGAGAGCAUCAGCCUGAUGGCUUCAUUCCCUGAUCUGUUUGGGAGUGUGUUCAGGUUUGCGAAGGAGAGAGGAUGGAACUCCAGGACGAGUCUGAAAAAGUUCUUCAGCUCCGCUCCACAGAUCUGAUUGCUGUAAUUUUUGGUUAAACUAUGUACAUUGAUUCUGCAUUAUGAAUGUGUUUCGUGAAUGAGUUCAAAUGUAGGGAUAGAUUUAAGAUGGUCACACUCCUUGUAUUUGAUGAGCUAAGAUUCAUCCUUCUCUGCAAACAAGGUUCUGACAGCUUGACACAAUAUGAAAAAUCUUGUGGAAAACAGGUAAAAAUCUAUAAAUAAACAGUUUUUUAAAUGAUAAAAUCCUACAGAUUCUGUGCUAUAUGUUGAAAUAAUGAAUUGCUAGAAGUCUUUAUAUUAUUAUAUAAGAAAUGUUGUUUAUUUGAAUA